GCGGCGGCCAUGGCGGCCGUGCUGUCCCCGCGCCUCUGCGACAGCGACCCGGCCACGCCCGGCGCGCAGUCCCUCAAGGAUGACACAGAAGAAAAUUCCAAUGAUGGCAGCCAGCCGUCCAAAAGACGGCGUAUGGGCUCAGGGGACAGUUCUCGGAGCUGUGAAACUUCCAGUCAAGACCUUGGGUAUAGUUAUUUUCCUGCUGAAAAUUUGAUAGAAUACAAAUGGCCACCUGAUGAAACAGGAGAAUAUUAUAUGCUUCAGGAGCAAGUCAGUGAAUAUUUGGGUGUGACUUCCUUUAAAAGAAAAUAUCCAGAUUUAGAAAGGCGUGAUUUAUCUCACAAGGAGAAACUCUACCUCAGAGAACUAAAUGUUAUCACAGAGACUCAGUGCACACUAGGUCUAACAGCUUUGCGUAGUGAUGAAGUAAUUGAUCUUAUGAUUAAAGAAUACCCUGCCAAACAUGCUGAGUAUUCUGUUAUACUGCAAGAGAAAGAACGGCAGCGAAUAACAGAUCAUUACAAGGAGUACUCUCAAAUGCAGCAGCAGAACACACAGAAAGUAGAAGCCAGCAAAGUUCCAGAAUAUAUUAAAAAGGCUGCCAAGAAAGCUGCAGAAUUCAACAGCAAUUUAAACCGAGAGCGGAUGGAAGAAAGAAGAGCCUAUUUUGAUUUACAGACACAUAUUAUCCAGGUGCCUCAAGGAAAAUACAAGGUCUUGCCUACAGAGAGAACAAAGGUUAGUCCUUAUCCAGUGGCUCUCAUACCCGGCCAGUUCCAGGAGUACUACAAAAGAUACUCUCCAGAUGAACUUCGUUAUCUGCCAUUAAACACAGCUCUUUAUGAACCUCCUUUGGAUCCAGAGCUGCUUACACUGGACAGUGAUGGAGAUUCAGAUGAUGCAGAGGAAGGACGAGGUGAUGAAAAACGGAAAACCAAAGGCAAUUCGGAUAAUUCGUCUGGCAAUGUAUCUGAAGGUGAUUGCGCCACAGACAACCAGGAGGAUUCUUUUCAGGGAAGACAAAAAACAAGAGACAAAAGUGCUACUCCAAGAAAAGAUGGUUCCAAACGUUCUGUAUUACCUAAAUCAGUUCCUGGGUACAAGCCAAAGGUCAUUCCAAAUGCUAUAUGUGGAAUUUGUCUGAAGGGUAAGGAGUCCAACAAGAAAGGAAAACCUGAAGCUCUUAUACAUUGCUCCCAGUGUGACAACAGUGGCCACCCUUCUUGCCUUGAUAUGACCCCGGAGCUUGUUGCUAUGAUUAAGACUUACCCUUGGCAGUGUAUGGAGUGUAAAACAUGCAUUAUAUGUGGGCAGCCUCACCAUGAAGAAGAAAUGAUGUUCUGUGAUGUAUGUGACCGUGGUUAUCACACUUUCUGUGUGGGGCUUGAUGCUAUCCCUUCAGGUCGCUGGAUUUGUGAUUGUUGUCAGAAAGACCCUCCUGUACCCAGAAGAGGAGGAAGAAGGGGGAAAAGCAGCAAGGAGGGCUAAAAAAGCCCUAGAAACUUGCUGUCCAAAACUUAACUGCACAAAUUAAAGUGAUACUCUGGUGCUAUUUAAUCAACCACUCUAUAAGAGGAGCAAUACCACUUUUUUUUUUUUUCCUUUUUACUAAAUAAACUUUGUCUAUAUAUUGA